CCAACCAAACGUUAAGCAAAACAAGAACAAGAGAGAAGAGUCCGCGACCAGCGUUUUUGCGAACGUCAAAACGUGCAGCUGUUCUCUUACAAAGAGAUCAUUCUGAAAGAAACUCUGAGAGAAAACACGUUAAUAUAUAACUGAAUAUAUCACUUUAAAACAGUCUUAUUUUCGAUGUUGCGAUUAUCGAUCGGCUUUAAACGGAUAAGUUAGAGUUCUCUCUUUCGAUAGAGUGUCAAGUGCAUGUAGAAAACAAGGAGUGAGGCGGAGUGAAGUGACACAAACGUCCCGACCGCGCCUAUCGUCGUUUUCCACCGGAUUUCUUAGUAGUUUUUUAGUGUUACACUUUAGAAUGGAUUAUCACCCUGUCACCUUUUCAUAAUCAGGUAUAAAAGAUAGAUCGAAAUGUAUAGGAAAUUGUCGAUAGUUUUGUUGCUCCUGGGAGCCGUCUAUGUAACAUGUAGAGAAAUUCCCUCUCCGCCUAGAAUCAUGAAACAACCACCUACAGAUGAAGUCCUUUUUCAAGUCCAAGCAGACGAAAAUUACAAACCAUUCUACAUUGAAUGCGAAGCCAUUGGAGAACCAGCUCCGAAAUAUCGUUGGAUUAAAAACGGGAAACCCUUUGAAUACCAAACUUACGAUAAUCGAAUUAUUCAACAACCAGGGAGGGGAACGUUGACUAUAACGCGACCGAAUAAUGAAGAUUUGGGUCAAUACCAAUGUUUCGCUGAAAACGAACAUGGCGUAGCUACUUCGAAUUCCGUUUUUAUGCGAAAAGCCGAAUUAAAUAAUUUUAAAAAUGUUGGUGUUUCCCCAAGGACAGGAAAUGAGGGCGAACCUUUUAAACUGGAAUGUCAACCACCGGAUGGUUGGCCCAAACCGAAAGUUUAUUGGAUAAAACUUUACACGACCGAUCAAUUUGAAACGAUUAACGAUCCGAGAAAAACUGUAGAUCCCGAAGGAAAUUUAUGGUUUACAAAUUUAACGAGACAAGAUGCGAGUGAAAACUUUAUGUACGCUUGCGGAGCCGGGUCAGUAACAAAAAGCGAAUUCAAAAUUGGGAAUCGAAUUAAAUUACAAGUUAGACCAACGGGAGUUUCAGCCGCGGAAAGCAAAUUCGCUCCAGUUAAACAAUACGUAACGAGAAAAAAUGAAGUUGGAAUAAGAGGAAAAAGUAUUGAAAUCUUUUGUAUUUAUGGUGGAACACCGUUACCACAAACAGUUUGGAAAAAAGAUAACCAACCCGUUGAAUUCAACGACCGUGUAACACCAGGAACGUUCGGAAAAUCUCUAAUAAUACGAUUAAUCGAUUUCGAAGAUAGGGGAACUUAUUCUUGCGAAGUUACCAAUGGAGCCCCACCAGCUCAAACAUACUCAGUUAAUUUAGACGUUCAAGCUAUACCUUAUUUUACGGAAGAACCAGAGUUUAUAAAUGCAGCUGAAGGUGAAACCGUCGCAUUUCGUUGUGCUGCUAAAGGUUUACCUGUACCAGAAAUCAAAUGGAUCCAUAACGGAAAACCCAUUGCUCAAGCGCCAUACAAUCCACGGCGAAAAGUGAAUCCAAAUAGUAUCGUCAUUGAAAAUUUAAUUAAAAAUGAUACCGGAAAUUACGGUUGUAACGCAACAAAUUCUUUAGGAUACGUUUACAAGGAUGUUUAUAUAAACGUCCUUGCUUUAGCACCAGAAAUUACUCAAGGACCGCAAGAUGAUGAAGCUGUUGAUGGGAAAGCUGUAAAUAUUACUUGUAGAGUAUUUGGAGCACCAAAACCCGCCGUUAAAUGGAUAAGAAAUGGCGAAGAAUUAACCGGCGGUAAAUUUAAAGUGAUGACAAACGGCGAUUUAUUUAUUUCUUCCGUACAAUUUGAUGAUAACGGCGAAUAUACUUGUUAUGCUGAAAAUAAAUUUGGCAACGCAAACGCUAGCGCUAAGUUUACAGUUCGACCUCAUACUUAUAUAUCGGAUGGGCCUGAAGAUUACGAAGUAGCUGCAGGUACUCAGGCGACUUUUCGAUGUAACGCAAUUGCCGAUGAAGAUUUAGAUUUACAAAUAAUUUGGUUGAAAAAUGGAAUACCUCUAGAUUUUGACCAAGAAGCCAGGUUUAUUAAAACUUCCGAUUACUCAUUAACAAUCACUAAAACAAUCGAAUUGGAUUCAGGAAAUUAUACAUGUAAAGCUAAAACUAGAUUAGACGAAGUGUCUGCUCAAGCAAGAUUAACUGUUCAAGAUGUUCCAAACGCUCCACAAAUGUCAAACGUUAAAUGUAAUGAAUUGGAUGCCACAAUUGAUUGGACGCCCAGAGGUGAUAAUCGAGCUGGAAUUUUAAGAUAUAUUAUUCAAUACAAUACUAGUUUUACCCCGGAUACUUGGGAAGUAGCUUCUGAUAUGGUUCCUCAAUCUCAAACAAAUUAUAACGUCCCAAUGAGUCCAUGGGCAAAUUAUACAUUUAGAGUAAUAGCUGUAAAUAAAAUUGGUUUAUCUAUACCUUCAUCUCAUUCAGGGGUUUGUACGACGCAAGCGGAUGUUCCGCAUAAAAACCCAGAUAAUGUUGAAGGUGAAGGUACCCAACCAGACAAUUUAGUGAUAAAAUGGACUCCUAUGCCGGAAAUUGAACAUAAUGGUCCGAAUUUCGAAUACGUCGUUUAUUACAAAUUGGAUAUUCCUGGUAUACCAUAUGAAGAGAGGGUAGUUUCUGAUUGGAGAACGGGACAAAAAGUUAUUGGAGGCCAAAGAAGUUUCCAACAAUAUAAAAUAAAAGUUAUUGCGAAAAAUCAACAGGGCGAAGCGAACGUUUCACCAAAAGAAGUUAUUGGAUAUUCAGGGGAAGAUAUACCUUCUUUAGCACCAACGAAUUUUACAGUCGAAAAUAUACAAAGUGCGACGGCGGCUUUAUUAAGUUGGAACCCAGUUCCUUUAGAAAGUGUUCAUGGACACCUUAAAGGUUAUAAGAUAAGAACUUGGACGAAUACAAGUGCUGCUGAUCACGAAAUUCAAGUCCAAGGUGAAGCGACAAAAGCCUUAGUAACCAGUUUUGUACCAUUUUCCAAAAAUUACGCUCAAGUUUACGUUUAUAAUGGGAAAUAUAACGGCCCUCCAAGCGAGAUUUUAAGUUUUGAAACACCAGAAGGCGUCCCCGGACAAAUGUCAUCAUUAGAAGCUUACCCAAUGGGUUCUUCCGCUUUUCUAUUAGUAUGGCAAAAACCUGAUCAACCAAACGGAAUUUUGACCGGAUAUAAAAUUUCUUAUGCCGUUGUUAAUGGAACAGCGGUUGGUCCAAAAUCGACGAGAGACCCACAAAUCAACGAUCCAAAUAUCUUACAAGCCAAGUUAGCUGGAUUAUCGCCAAACGUAAAAUAUCGAAUAUAUAUUUCCGCAACAACCGCGACAGGAGAUUCAAAAGAAUACUUCAUUGAAAGAUCAACCAAGCCGGAAGGAUACGCAAUGCCUUAUUCACCUAAAUUCGUAUGGAAUCAAGAACCGUUAAAAGGAAAUUACGCUAGCGUGAAAGUCAGAUGGUUACCAAACUACGACAGAACAGGUUCACACUUUUUCGUUAAAUACAGGAAGAAGGGUGAAGUUGAAUUUAUGCGAACGGAAGAUGAAUAUAAAGAAGAUUGGAUUGUUAUUGAUACAUUAAAACAAGGCGAAUUAUACGAAUUUGUAAUUGUGGCCGUCGAUGGAACCUAUAUGGUAGCUAGCGAACCUCAAGACGUCGAUACCGGUCUUGAAGGUCCCAUUAUUCAACAUAGAGAAAAUGUCGCCACUGCCGGAUGGUUUAUUGGAAUGAUGUUAGCCAUAGCAUUUUUGUUAUUAGUUUUGAUAAUCGUUUGUAUCGUCAAAAGGAAUCGCGGCGGAAAAUACGCCGUUCACGAGCGCGAACAAGCGAAUGGAAGGCGGGAUUAUGGAGACGAAGGGGGUUUCCAUGAGUAUUCUCAACCUUUGGACAAUAAAUCUCAUGGUAGAGCUUCUAUGAGUAGUGAGCCUAAAAUGGAAGCUGGUAGUGACACCGAUUCAAUGGCCGAGUAUGGGGAAGGAGAUACAGGAAGGUUUACCGAAGACGGCUCGUUUAUAGGACAAUAUGUUCCUAGCAACAUGAAGCAAAUCAGCCCUGCGCCUCCCAUUUCCGGCGCACACACUAACGCCCUCGCCACCUAUGUUUGAAAAUUUUUUUAUGAUUAAAAAAAAGUGUUUGAAUUUGGGUUAAUUCUCUCUUUUUUGCUUUACUUUGAACUAAAAUGUGUAAAAGGCAGGCACUCUUUGACUUUUCUCUUAUAAUUUUGACAAUUUUUUUAUAUUUGUAUUUAAUUUUUUUUAUUUUUUUGAUUAAAGUUUUUUGUGGCAUAAGUCCCUCCCUUAUGUUCCACUUAUUGUUUACUAUUAUUAUUUCUUUUAUUUUCGUGGGGUUAACAUUCGUCCAUUCACCUAGGUUUAUUAUUAUAUAGGUUUAUAACUAGGUUUAUAUAUAUAAAAAGCAUAUAUAUAUUAUUUUUUGGAAUAAAUUUUUUAUUUUUUAUUAAUUUACCUUCGUUUUUUUCCUCAGUAUUCGUCUUAGUUGAUAAUUUAUUAAUUUAAAUUAUUAGUUUUCUAGGUGUAAUUAUUAUUAUAUAGUGACUUAGUUUAAAUUUAGGUUUAAGUUUAUUCAGGGCCAAGAAAAAAUAUUUAAAUUAAACGAGCAGCUGAAAUAGCAAUAAUAACGGUUAUUUAAGGACAAUUAUUAAUUUUGUUUAUAUCCAAACACUGCCUAAUUUAUAAUUUUUUACAUAACAAGAAUUAUGAAUAAAGUAUAAGGAAUUAGCAAUACAUUUAGAAGACUUAGGCCCUUUUAAUUACGUUUCAUUAAAAAAGAUUUUUUAUUUAUUUUUGUCCUGUUUGCAGAUAAAAAAUAAAUCAAAAUUUUUCUAUUGGGUCGAAUAAUCUCUUUGUUAUGGGCGGUGCUAAAGUUAAUUUAUUUGUUAAUAGUUGUUGGUCGUUAGAUUUAAACAUUAAUAAAGCGGGUUGUUUGAAUUUGAAUUGAAAGAACAUUAUUUCGAAACGAUUUUCAUUAGAAAAAAACCGAAUCAAAGUUAGUUUAUUUAUUAUAAAGUUGGCUUUUGUGCGUGUGUUUGUUGCUGUGCACGAUUUCUUUAUAUACAUAUAUUAAUUAAAAAGAUGGAGAAAAAAUAUAAUAAAACAGGACGCAAAAUGGACUGCACCGAUUAGAAAAUAUAUGUGGAUCAUUUCCGAUUGUAAAACUAAUUUUUUUACGACCCUUUUUGUUAAAAAAAUAUUCAAGUUUUACAAUUAUUAAUGACGAUUUAUUGUAUAGAAAUGUAUAUGCUUAAACUUAAAAAAACUCAUUUAUUGUAUUGUAGAUUUUCUAUUUAACGAUUAAGAAAACAAAAUAUUGACGAAAGAUGGAGAAUGGAAAAUUCUAAUUGAAAAUUGUGCUUCGCGCAUCUUUUUUAUAUUAAUAAAAUAUAUAUAUUUAAACAUU